AUGUCAGUGAUUAGCGCCACUUCCGGCGCAUUGCUCUUUUCCGGAACAACACUUCUCGUUUCACUCUUUGCUGCUGCCACCAUUUACUCCCAAGUUAACUCAUUCCGAAAUGAACUUGACAGCGAAAUGAACAAUUUCAAGGUUCUCACCGACGAUAUUUGGGUAGAUAUGAUCGCCCUUGGUGCUGGUACCCCAGCAAACCGAUUCAGACGUCAAGCUUACAGUGGUCAUGUGGCUAGCGACUUGCAACCUUCCAUUCCAAGCUCGGUUUAUGGAGGAUACAACGCCGCAGGAUUCCAAUUAACCGAUGUGACUCCCACUGUCUUAAACAUUCCUACGUCGCCAUUUGUGGGUGGUGGAAUUCUCAACGUUGGAAACAGUCGAUGCUAUUGCACACUUGACAAUAACUGCCCUCCAGGACCACCUGGUAUCACUGGAGACCAAGGACCAGACGGAUACGAUGGCCGUGAUGGUGUGCCUGGAUUUGAUGGUUUCGAUGCCGAAAACAUUUCAAAUGAAGCUCCGUUAGGAUGCUACACUUGUCCGCAAGGACUUCCCGGAGCUCAAGGACCUUCCGGACCUCACGGAAUUCGUGGAAUGCGUGGAGCCAAGGGACAGCCUGGAAUGCCUGGCAGAGAUGGGAAUCCUGGAAUGCCCGGAGAAAUGGGACCAACCGGACCACCAGGGAAUGAUGGACAACCUGGAAAACCGGGAGAGAAGGGAGACGAUGCUGAAAACCCGAUUGGCCGAGCGGGUCCUCGUGGGUCGCCUGGAGAACAAGGACCAGAGGGUCCAGAAGGCACUCCUGGUAGAGAUGCAUACCCUGGGCCACAAGGACCUAUCGGUGAACAGGGCGUUCCUGGUUAUCAGGGUGCGGCUGGACCAGAUGGAGAUGAAGGACCUCAAGGACCUCCUGGAAAACCAGGCAGGGAUGCCGAGUACUGCAAGUGUCCUGAUCGCGAUGUGAGCGGUAGUUUUCCGCAAAAUCCCGUGAAUGCAACAUAUUAUAGAAAGAAGAAGCGUUUGCAUUAA